AGCAUAAUCAGGAGAUUGUCAAAGAACUUAAAAUGCCAAAAAACGUAAACAAGAUUUUGUUAUAACAAUUAUUUUUAUUUAAGUAUAUUUUAUGUGAAAAUGGAGCAGGAAGACUUAUUAUUAAGCCCAGACGGCUUCUACUGCAGAGAUAUGGCUGAAAUAGAAGACUUCCUCAACAAUUGCGACUCUGAUUUUAUGAAAAAACUUGAGGCUGAACUAGCAACUGUGGAAAAUGAUUCAAGUUUACUCAGUAUUGACACAGAUAUCGGAACUGAUAGUCCAUCACAAGCUCAAGUAUCGCCGUAUUCCAACACGAGUAAUCCGUUAUUCUCUCAAUAUUGGAAUACAAAUAAAUCUCCACAGAAGAUUGGUCAAAAUCAGAAAUCCAGCCCCAUUCAAAAUGCUAAUAUAAAAGAGGAUAGGUUUUCUGUACCUGUCAAGAAUGAUGGUGCUCCCUUGCCUGAUGUCACGCAACAUGGACAGAAUUCAGUGCCUACACAAGCCCCUAUGAUUGUACAGCAAGUUGUUCAAAGCCCAUUUUAUGUUAAUCUGGCGCCUGGAAGUAUACAUCAGUUUCCAGAUGGUCGAGGGUCAUUAUUAAAAUUGGAUGGAGUUUCACAAGCAAAACAACCCAGUAAAACACAGCAGUCUGGUCAACCUUUAAUUUUACAAAACAAUACCAAAGGAAUAACCCCAGUAAUUUUAAAAACCACGGAUGCAAACUUUUCUCCAGUAAUAUUACAGUCUAAUAUAAUCCCUGAAGCACAAACAUUAAUGUACACAAGUGCUCCUGUACAAGGAACACCACAAAAUAUUAUAACAAAUGCAAAGUCAGGUUCAGAAAAUAGACCUAUACAUACAUUUUUCACAAGCAGUAAUGGCCCUGCCUUGUUAGCAACAGGUAUACCAGUUGUGCUUGAAGGAGACAAGAUUGCUCUGACACAAGCCCCUAACAUAGGUACUCCAAAAGUAAAGGAAGUGAAGAGAAGUGCACAUAAUGCUAUUGAAAGAAGAUAUCGGACCAGUAUUAAUGAUAGGAUUAUAGAACUCAAGAAUAUGUUAGUCGGAGAAGAUGCAAAAUUAAACAAAUCAGCAAUAUUAAGAAAAACAAUAGAUUACAUCAAGUAUCUACAAAAUCAAAAUACUAGAUUGAAGCAAGAAAAUAUGGCACUCAAACUCACAUGCCAGAAGUCUGGUUUGAAAGAGCCAGUACUGGAAGGUGGAUACACUCCACCGCACAGUGAUAUCUCUUCACCAUAUCCAUCUCCAAAUGCUCUUGAUAGUGAUUCCCCAUCAUCACCAGAUUAUAAGAUUGAUACAGAGAAAUAUUCUAAAAUAGUAAUGGGAAUGGGAGAUCGUUCUCGUUUGGCUCUUUGUGCUUUUAUGGUGGGAUUAAUAGCAUUCAAUCCGUUUAGUGCUUUCUUUGGAAGUUUUAUGUCCGAUUCUACAUCACAAGAUUUUUCGGCAAGGGUCGAUCAAAGGCGUAUUUUAUCUGAUAAUAAUAUAGGAUAUACAAAUGGGUCUUGGAGUAUUUGGUUGUUCAAUACAAUUUUAAUUUAUUUAAUAAAUUUUAUAAUUCUGGGAGGAUGCCUUGUGAAAUUGUUAGUAUAUGGAGAUUCUGUACCAAAAUCACAAUCCAAAGAAGCUGGGCUUUUUUAUAAACAUAAAAGACAAGCAGAAAACUUUUUAAAAAAGGGUAACUUAGAGAAUGCAAAAUUGGAAUUACAUCACUCGCUGGCUGUGUGUGGCAAAAGUGUACAAACAGAUGGUCAAGGACACACCAAGUACACGGCAUUGCUGGCUGCAAUACUUAGACAAGUCCUCCAGAGACUACCAUUUGGUCGAUAUCUUGUUCAGCGUGCAGGUGAUAUAUGGAGUGACAGUCCUGCCAGAAGAGCGACACAACACUGGGCGACGGAGGUGUCGACCGUCUCGCACCACCUAGCGCAACUUUCGGUAUUGUCCUCGCAAAGCGGCCGCGGCGAGAGCGUAUUGCUGGCACUGCAAGCCGUCAACUUGGCUGAAGCUACUAGCAACAAAUUGCUCGUCGCUGAUACUUACGUCACUGCUGCAUUGGUUUUCAAAGAUUAUAUUCCUAAAAUUGGAAACUGGCUAUGUGGUUAUGGUUUGUUCAGGUACUAUCUGCGUUUAUGUCGCGUUGCAAUUACGGGUGAGAACGCGAGCCCGGGGCGUUUGCGGUGGGCGAGUGAUACGCGUGCGCAGAGUUUCCUGCGCUCGCGCCGCUGGAGCUACGACCACAAUCACCGUCCUUCAUUACUCUUCAGUCGCCUGCCCAACCCCACCGACCCGCUCGCGUACGCUAUGAGGGCGUAUCACCUCGAACUUCUCCAGAAUAGUCUCCAGAUGCUGUUAUGCGGUGAUGAACGCAGCAAUACACGCGAUGUUCUCGAAUUGGUCAAAUUAAUUACAGACGACGUGUCUACUGAUACACCACAUCAUAAUGGUUGCUGGGAUCCAGUGAUGGAAUGGUGGGCAAACAUAGUCGGUGUGGCCGCCGCAUGGCUGCUAGCGGAUAUCAACAAAGCAAUCGAAUUCGGUAAUCGGCUGGACAUAUUACCUGAGCCACUUACCAGUUGCGAGGAUCCUCUACCUGGGGCUCUACACUUGGCAUACAAAAGCCGGCGUGGACUGCUGAGCCUUGCGCAGUGCCAAGAUGAAGACUCCAUUGAGAGGAUGUCGGAAACCGUACUCAAGGCAUGCGAUAUGGCUGGAACCAAGUUAGCAGAUUCACUGGCGUAUUACUGCUGUCGAAAACCAACACAACUCAUGUUGUUGAUGCAGGUAUUGUGUUGCGACUGGGUGUUAGAAGUUCGCGCGGGCGUCUGGGAGGCAGGGUGCGACACACCAGCGCCACACACCCAGCUUAGCGGCUUCCAGAGGGACUUACACUCGUUGCGUCGCCUCUCGCAGAACUUGCCGUGGAUGACGUCGCGUGUAUUCCUGCAGUCGGCGGUGUGUCGCAUGAUGGCUGGCGCGGCGCCUCGCCGCACGCAGCAGUUGCUCGACGGCAGCCUGCGACCGCGCUCCAACCGCCCCUCUAUUAUCUGUGGGAAAGAUCGUGUAUUAGAAGGCGGCGGUGGUGAAGGAGAGCGUGCUGUAGCAUUGUAUAUGGCGUGCAAACACUUACCGGCCGCAGUGCUAGCGGCGCCGGGCGAGCGUGCUGGUAUGCUUGCACAGGCUGCCACUAUGCUGCACAAAAUUGGACACCGCAGUCGGCUGCCACUCUGCUACCAUCUAAUGAAAUCUUUCGGCUCGCUACCCGCAGCGCCUUAAUCGAACAUCAACAAUAUUGUAUACUUUAAGGUGGAGCUAAGAGAACACAGAAAAGAGUCAGAAAUUUAUAUCAAGUACAUCUAAAUUAAAUGACAACAAAAGAUCCAAUGUUUUGAGAGUAUAGUGAAAUGAUGUUAGUACUUCAAAAUUGAAGUAGGAGGAGAAGUAGAAUGCACUUGCUUGGUCGGACUCAACCUAACACAAGAAAUAAAAGGUUAUGAUAUAACCAGAAAAAUUUAAGAACAUUUUAUUUUACAACACGGUGCUAACGAGCAUACAUACAUAAAUAACAUAAAUGACCUACAUAAAUGUUCACUGCUUAUCGUGUUUUUAUGUAUGACGUAGUUAGGUGUUUAAUUUUUUUUAACAGUAAUCUCUAUCUCUGUGUUUAUGAGCGAACUUGCGUUGUUUUUACUAUUUAA